AUUAAUGGCAGCAUAAAAAUCGGCAGUUGAUCUGUUGUUUUCUGCAAUGUUACGUGUUUUAUUUAUGUGAGGUGGUAUUGUUAUAAUUUGUAAAUGAUGGCUAAAGCUAACUUAUUUAUAUAUGUCAUUUUAUUUAUUCACUUGUCAUCUGCAAUCGCAUUUUAUCUUCCUGGGUUAGCACCUGUAAAUUAUUGUGAGGAAGGAAAAGCUACUGCUAGUUGUCAAUCUGCUGUUACUCUUUACGUCAAUCGUUUGAAUUCUGAAGAGUCUGUCAUACCAUAUGAAUAUAAUCACUUUGACCUCUGCACUACAAGUGACAGUGAAUCGCCUGUUGAAAAUUUGGGUCAGGUUGUGUUUGGGGAAAGGAUUAGACCAUCACCUUACGCUAUUAGUUUUUUGAAGAACGUCUCUUGUGUCCCCGUCUGUGAGAAGACUUAUCGCAUGAGCAAUAAGGAUGAUGUGGAGAGGCUGAACAAUUUGAAGAAAGGAAUGUUAAAGAACUAUCAACACCAUUGGAUUGUGGAUAAUAUGCCUAUAACAUGGUGCUACCAAGUUGAAGCUAAUCAACAAUAUUGUUCUACUGGUUUUCCUAUGGGAUGUUAUGUCAAUACAGCAGGGCAACCCAAAGAUGCUUGUGUGAUGAAUAACAACUACAACCAUCAUGAUUCUUUUUACGUAUUCAAUCAUGUGGACAUAACAAUUACGUAUCAUAGUGGUGAGGAUGAAUCUUGGGGAGUUGGCUUUAAAGAUAAAGGUGGAAGAAUUGUGCGAGUUAAAGUGUCCCCUCGAAGUAUCAAGCAUCAAGCUGAACCUAAUUGCAUAAACUACAAACCUAUGGAUAUUCCAAAUAAAUUACAACCUACUGAUGUCGUUUCUGUAAAGUAUACCUACAGUGUGAAUUUUACUAAAGAAAAUAGGGUUAAGUGGUCUUCUCGAUGGGAUUACAUUCUGGAAUCAAUGCCUCAUACUAAUAUUCAGUGGUUCAGUAUUUUGAACUCUCUGGUGAUAGUCCUCUUUUUGACUGGAAUGGUUGCAAUGAUAUUGCUGAGAACAUUACAUAAGGAUAUUGCUCGUUAUAAUCAGAUUGAAAGUGCUGAUGAUGCCCAAGAAGAAUUUGGAUGGAAACUUGUUCAUGGGGAUGUAUUUCGCCCACCUCGUAAAGGAAUGUUAUUGUCCGUACUCCUUGGCAGUGGGGUUCAAGUAUUUUUUAUGGCAUUGAUUACACUAUUCUUUGCCUGCCUUGGUUUCUUGUCUCCUGCCAAUCGAGGUGCUUUGAUGACUUGUGCAAUGGUCCUGUAUGUUUGUUUGGGUACUCCUGCAGGGUAUGUUUCUGCUCGAAUGUAUAAAGCUUUUGGAGGAAUUAAAUGGAAAUCAAAUGUCAUUUUGACUUCAACACUCUGUCCUGGGUGUGUGUUUGUGCUCUUUUUUGUUUUAAAUCUGAUGCUAUGGUCAAAAGGAAGUAGUGCUGCUACACCUUUCACAACUCUUCUUGCUCUUUUAUCAUUGUGGUUUGGGAUAUCAUUACCUCUCACUUUUGUUGGUGCAUAUUUUGGAUUCAAGAAAAGGACAAUUGAACAUCCAGUUCGUACCAACCAAAUCCCCAGACAAAUACCUGAACAAUCUGUUUACACUCAACCUGUUCCAGGAAUAAUCAUGGGUGGUAUUCUUCCAUUUGGCUGUAUUUUCAUCCAACUUUUUUUCAUCUUAAACAGCAUUUGGUCAAGUCAAGUCUAUUACAUGUUUGGCUUCCUCUUCUUGGUAUUCAUUAUUUUAAUCAUCACUUGCUCAGAAACAACUAUCCUUCUUUGUUAUUUUCAUCUUUGUGCUGAGGAUUAUCAUUGGUGGUGGCGAGCUUUUCUGACGAGUGGUUUCACUGGCUUCUACCUUUUUAUUUAUUGUGUUCACUUUUUCGUCACGAAAUUGAACAUCACUGGUGCCGUAUCAACUCUACUGUAUUUUGGAUACACCUUAAUCAUGGUUUUCUUGUUUUUCUUGCUUACAGGCUCUGUUGGCUUCUUCGCCUGCUUUUGGUUUGUUAGGAGAAUCUACAGUGUUGUUAAAGUUGAUUGAUUUGGACUUCUAGUUUAAUGGUUUGGAAAUGGCGUCUUCAUUUUAUGGCUCUACCUGAAAUGAGCUAAUGUGAUAUGUUCAACAUAGAUACAGUGAAAAAAAUUUCAUUAUUUUGAAUAAACUGUUUAAGCAGCAAGAGUUAGCUAUAUAUUUUUGAUUUUGUAGUUUUAGCUCAUAUAUUAAAUUUUCUUGGUGUUUUGUAUAAACAUCAAGCAAAUUUAUUAGAAUUAUUAUUUAAUAUUAUUUCAGCUCUUUUUUACUUAUUUUAUUCAGGUAUACAAAAUAUUGUAUAUAAUGCUGGUUUGCCAUAGUAAUAAUGUAAGUUAAAGCCUUUCUUUAUUUAAGAUUUAUUUACAGUUAAAUAUUUUGUAUUAAUUUCAUGUUAAAAAUUUUUCAUUUAAAUUUAGAAUUUUCUGGUCAUUUCAAAAUUUUAUUUAGAGUGUUCAUAUUUAAAUUCUAAAGCUAAUUUUUUUUUAUGUUAUACAUCAAGUAAUGCAUUUAGUUGCAUUAAAUUUUGUUUAUUUGUGCUCACUUUUUUAAUCUAUUUCUAUUUACUACAUAGUUGAGUUUUCAUUAUUUAAAGGACGAACAAUUUUGUGUAUGUACUUUUAUAAAAUGUAAUUUGUAUUUAACUGACUUGUUAUCUGUAAGGGAAAAGGUAAUAAACAUUUUCCUUUAUUAUUAUAAAGAAUCUAGUCCACAUCAAGUCGCAGGUAUAACUGCUUAUGAGAAAGUACUCUUGUUAAAAUUUUUAUUACCUGCUGCUCUUAUUUAAUAUCAAAAUUUUUUGCUCUUGUAGUAUUUUGUAGGAUUUCUGGAAUCUUUCAUUGGGUUGUCAGAGUUUUUUUCUUAUCUUAAACCAGGGUUCGUUAAUGUGAGUCCAGCCCAGAAAAACUUGUUAUGUUUUUGGAAAAAACUUGAAUAUCUUGAAAAAACAAAAAACCCCUUCCCCUGUGUAGGGUUUUUUCCAUCCUUAUUUAAAAUUAAGUUCAACUUACUUUUUCAAUCCAUUUUCUUUGCAAUUAUGAAUUAAAAUUAAACUUUGUGAUUAGUUUGCUAUAUGAACUUAUAAUUGGGUUUUACUAUACUGGCUAUUAUUAUAUUAACUGGGUUUUUGUAAACCCAGGUACAGGCGAACCCACACCUACAAGUUCAGAACAUAAUAUGUGACUUAUUUUCUUUAUUUUUGCUUGUUUUGUGCGAUUUCUAAGUUCCUGCUUUCUGUGGUCAAUUUAAUAUUUAUUGGGGCUUUAUUUCACAUAUUCAGGAAAAGCUGCCUUAAGUUAUUUACUUCCUAUGUCAUUAUUAUUAAUUGCUAUUUUUUUAACCACCGAAAGUUCAAAUUUAUUUUGAUUAAUUGCAUUUGUUUCCAUUUUUUUGUUGUCAGUUGUACUUUUUUAAGUGUAUAAUUAUUUUAUAAUUUAAAAGUAAAUAAUUAGUUUGAUUUGGUGGGUUUAAAAAUGCCUAAAAAUUAAAAAAGAUUUUUUUAUGUCAUCUCUUAGUAUAUUUGUUUCUAUAUAACGGGGCUGCUAAGUGUGCUCAAUUUUUACUAAUCGAAAAUUUUUAGGUAAUAUUGAAGUAAUGUUAAGAUUUCUUUGAAGCCAGUUGUUUAUGUUUUUUUUGUUAAAAAAAAUUAUUUCAGCAUGAAACUAUAGCAUUAAACAUUUUAUUUUUACUAAGCCAUAUUUUAAUUAGCAUUUUCAUUGUUUAUUGUAUACUAACUUCUUUUAGGUGUCACUUUAGUUUUAAAUUAAAACGCCUUAUUUAAUUUUACUCCUUUUUAUUUGCUAAUGCUAUGAAGUUUGAAAAUUAUAACUGGUAACUUAAUACACAUAAUAAUGAUUAUUAUAAUAACGCAAUAAAAAUAAUGCAAUAAUAGUAAUGUGACUAAUAAUAAUUAAUCAAUAAUAUUAUUAUUGAUAUUGUUAUGAUGUAUUUAAAUCACACCCAAGAGUGUGCGUGUUUUAUUAUUAAGCAAUACUCUUUAUCUUAAUAACUUGUGAUUCAGAAGAUAAGAUUUUAAGACUUUCAAGAAGAAUUUUUAUUUACUCAUUUUACUAAGAACUGCAAGCUAAUUAUUAGUUUCAUUUUUUUUUAAAAAGUUUUGUGUGUUUAGUUUUUAAUAUUGAAAUGUAUAAAAGCUGAACAAAGUCAUGAUGGUUUCUGGGAACACAUUUCUUCGAAGAGAGUUGCUUUAAGAGAAAUUUACAAACUGCAUUAUAAAAAUAUUAAAACUGUUUGAAUUUGAAAUGCCUCUUAGUUAAAGCCACAAAAAAUAUUUAUUAUAUUAAUUUACUUUGAAUAAUGUUUGCAAUAAUAUUAUUUUUUAUUGCUUUUGCACUGGGUGUAAUUUUUCCUAUAUUUUUGAAUUUUGUGUGAAUAUUUAUUCACACAAUAUGUGUGAAUAUAUUGUGUGAAUAUAUUUAAAUUUGUUAUCGUAAAAACUUUGGAACUUUAAUAAACUCACGAACAAUUGUUGCGCCUUAAUUUAGAUAAAUUAAACCAAAUUAAGUUUAAAUCCUUUCUAUAUCUAUAUAACUUGUGUAAUAAUAUUACAGCAUGAAAAUAAAGCAUUAAAAAUUUUAAUUUUUUUAAGCCAAUCAACAUUUUCAUUUUUAUUGUAUACUAACUUCUUUUAGGUGUCACUUUAAUUUUAAAUUAAAAAGCCUUAUUUAAUUUAAUUUGCUGGGUUUAGUUCAAAUAAAAAUUCCUGUUUUAUUUGCUAAUGCUAUGAAGUUUAAAAAUUAUAACUAAUAACUUAAUACACAUAAUAAUAAUUUCAAUAAUAACGUAAUAACACAUAGUAAAAACAACGUAAUAACACAUAAUAAUAAUAACGCUAUAACACAUAAUAAUAAUUAUGCAAUAAUAAUAAUAUACUGAUUAUAAUUGGUCAAUAAUAUUAUUAGUGAUAUUGUAAUUAAAUCAUACACAAAAGUGUUCUUGUUUUAUUAUUAAGCAAAACUUUAGUCUUAAUAAUUUGUGAUCCAGAAGAUAAUAUUUAAACUCUUUUAAGAAGACUCUUUCAAGAAGAAUUUUUAUUUACUCAUUUUACUAAAAACUGCAAGCUAAUUAUUAGUUUUUUUUUUUUUAAAGUUUUGUGUAUUUAGUUUUUAAUAGUGAAAUGCAUAAAAGCUGAACAAAGUAAUUAUCAGGGAACACAUUUCUUCGAAGAGAGUAGCUUUAAGACACGAAUGUACAAACAGCAUUAUAAAAACACAAACUGUUUUAAACUUAAAAUGCUUCUUAGUUAUAGCUGUAAAAUUUAUUUAUUAUAUUAAUUUACUUUAAAUAAUGUUUGCAAUAAUAUUAGUUUUAUUGCUUUUGCACUUGGUGUAAUUUUUCCUAUAUUUUUGAUUUUUGUGUGAAUAUAUUGAUUUGUUCAUUCAAAUUUGUUGUCGUAAAAACUUUUGAACUUUAAUAAACUCUUUAAAUAA